CUUUGCAUCCCAGACUGGAUGGGCUGUGGGCGUCGGAGUUGAUGGCGAUGAUUGGUUGUGGAUUUUUUUUAUAAGGGAAGGGGGAGGGAAGCAAAAUGGCGACAAGCAAGAAGCAUCUCAACCCCUGAUUGGGGAACCUCCCCCUCCCCCCACCUCCAGAGCGGCAGGCCAAGGUGGGGAGAUACUUUGAGUGGUCCAGAUCUCGAACAGCGAACUGAGGCCUCUGGAGCCAGGGUGGUGACAAAUGAUUAGAAAAGGAAAAGGACAAUAACCUUUUAGGAAUAUCACUCAGCAGACCAAUACAUAUUGAAGAUGAUCAUAGAAUCGCUAUAUUAAAACUGGAAGGCACAAGCUGGAGAUUUCACUGCAGCCUUCUUUGCUCUCCAGAUUCCUGUUCUUCCUGAAGAGGGGGAGCACCAGAGAUCAGGAAAUAAAUGGCCUCUAUCCAUGCUGCUGGGUUGCCCCAGGGGUUGGGUGGGGUGUCUCAUGUUGUUUCAGGAAUCUUUGAUAUUCGAGGAUUUAGCUGUCUAUUUCUCCAGAGAGGAAUGUGUGAGUCUGGACCCUCCUCAGAACUCUCUUGGCUGGGAACCUACGCCAAAGAAUUGCAAGGAUCUAAUCUCAUUGGCAGGAGACAACGGUGAAAAGGAAGAGGAAAUUUUUCAACAAGAAAAUCCAGAAAAUGGGGAACUAGAAGCAGUGCCUUCGGAAUGGUACAAAAGAGACAUUUCCCUGCAUCCUAAAUUGGGGAGGGACUGUGAAAAUGAACCAAGAUUCCCUGAUCAGAAAAGGGUAGGUAUGUCCAUACCUCAAGAAAAGAGAUUUAUAAGUCUUUUGAUUACUAUUGAAAAUUCCACUCGAUUUGAAGAACUUUCCCAAUUUGUAGAAAAUAGAAUCUCUUGUCUCCAAGAACAAGCAGCACCAACAUCCUUUAAAUGUCUCCUGUGUGAUAAAACCUUCGUCAAAAGAUCAUACCUUAUUUCACACCAGAGAAGCCACACAAGUGUGAGACCCUAUAAAUGCACUAUCUGUGAGAAAAACUUCAAUAAGAAAUCAAAUCUCAGUGCUCACGAGAGAGUCCAUACAGGAGAAAAGCCUUAUAAGUGUAAUGUUUGUGGGAAAAAUUUUGCUCAGAGAUCCAACCUUGUUGCUCAUGAAAAAAUACACAAUAACUCCCAAACAUAUGAAUGUGCUAAUGUGGGGGAAAACUUCAGUCAGACACAUCUUAUCCACCAUGAGAGUAUCCACCUAGUAGACAAUACUAAUAAUUGUGAUAAGUGUGGGAAAGCCUUUAUUUGUAAAUCAAAACUUAUACAGCAUGAGGUAACCCAUACAGGUGAAAGACCCUACAAGUGUUCAACAUGUGAUAAAAGAUUUAGUCAGAAGUCAGAUGUUUUCAUUCAUCAAAUAAUUCACACUGGAGAGAAACCUCAUAAAUGUACUGAGUGUGGCAAAAGCUUCACUCAGAAAACAAAUCUUGCUAGGCAUAAGAAAACACAUACAGGACAGAAACCCUAUAAGUGCAUUGACUGUGGGAAAAGUUUUGGUAGGUUUUCACACCUUAUUACACAUCGGAAAAUCCACACAGGUGAGAAACCUCAUAAAUGUAAUCAGUGUGGCAAAAAAUUCAUUUGGAACUCAGAUCUGAUACACCAUCAGAAAAUUCAUACUGAAGAAAAACCUUAUAAAUGUCCCAUUUGUAAGAAAAGAUUCACAAAGAACUCAAAUCUUGCUGCCCAUCAAAAAAUUCAUACCGGAGAGAGGGCCCAUAAAUGUAACAAUUGUGAAAAGAGCUUCAGUCGGAGUUCACAUCUACUUACUCACCAGAGGAUCCAUACUGGAGAAAAACCCUAUAAAUGUCUCAUGUGUGAGAAGAAGUUCAACUGCAGUUCAAACCUGAUAACUCAUCAGAGAAUACAUACUGGAGAAAAACCCUAUAAAUGUACAAUGUGUGAGAAAAGUUUUAGUCGCAGCUCAGACCUUGUUAAUCAUGAGAGAACCCACACAGGAAUAAAGCCAUUUAAAUGUGCUAUAUGUAAGAAAAGCUUCAGUCGAAGUUCCCACUUGAUAACUCACCAGAGAAUCCAUACAGGAGAGAAACCCUUCAAAUGUGCCGAAUGUGGGAAGUGCUUCAGUGAUAAAUCCUACUUCAGUUACCAUCAAAAAAUUCACAUGCAUUAGGACUGAAGAAAAGAAGACUGUGUUCUUUAAGUUGGCAGAAGAUGCUAAGAUGAAUAGAACUACCUAGAAACUGAACAAAAUUUAAAUCUGAAGACUGAAUGGUUUAGGAAAUGGAAAGAUGGAAGUUUAAUGUUCAGCUGUAUAAACUGAAAUAUUUUAUAGUUGCAUUGGUGUUCAUUAAAAGAUGAAUUGUUCGGGGCAGCUAGGUGGUGCAGUGGAUAGAGCACCGGCCCUGGAAUCAGGAAUACCUGAGUUCAAAUCUGCCCUCAGACACUUAACACUUACUAGCUGUGUGACCCUGGGCAAGUUACUUAACCCCAAUUGCCUCACUUUAAAAAAAAAAAAAAGAUAAUUGUUCAAGGUUAAUGACACCUGCCUGAAGAGAAAAGCUGCAGUAGCUGCCUUUUGUUAUUAAUUCCCACAGAGUUGUUCCAUUCCUCUCCUUUUAAUACCACUGUGUUUCUUAUGGUUGUGUUGUGGGAUGUGUAGGCAAAGAAACAUUGAGAUUGAAUAAAUACAAAGUUUUUUAAGUUGGCUGAGAAUACCAUUUUAGUUGGAAAUAGAUAGAACCUUGUGAACAAGAUUAGAAUUUGAAGCUUGGUUUGGGCUGUGGGAAGAUAAAAUUUAAAGUUCAGAUUUAUGAACAAAUUUUAUAUCUCUGUUCAUUGGUCAAAACAUCAGAUGGGUUUUUCAAAGUGAAUGAUACUAGCUUAAUGAGAAAAACUAAAAAGGCUAAGUUUUGUCAUUGAUUGACACAAUUAAAACUGUUCAAUUAUCCUUUUAAUACCAUUUUGUUUCUUCAGCUUAUAUUCUGGAGUUGAUCCCCAGGUGGCAAAUAUGUCAUUCUCUGGCCUACCUAACUCUAAUUCAGUAAUAUCAUUAUUUGGUGACAUUUCCAUUUUUCAGAUUUUUAUAAAUUUUCAUUCUGCUGCCCCAGUCAAAAAUUAAGUGGGAUACAUGAUUAUAAAAACAUAUACCUCAUUUAUUUUCUUUUUGAACAACCAGGCCAUAACUUUUAGCUUAGUGAGUGUUGGAAUUUUCAAAGUAGUUCCCCCUUGGAAGCUACAAACAUAUUUCAUUGAUGAUGCUCUUAUUCAAGGCAUAUGUGGAACUCUCUUUAGGAACUGUGUUUAGAGCCUAUCACUUACUACUUUGAAUAUCCCAAUUAUCCUUUGAAUGUGGAUUUGUUUUUUUGGAAACAGUCAAAAGUUGUUCUGAGACAAGAAUCAAGUUGUGACCACUUGGGUUCAAAAAAUAAGGUGUGAGUAGGAAGUAAUAAAACUAACUUUCUGUGUGUGUGUUUUGAAUGGGGUUCCCAAAGAGGAUUUGCUAAAGUGUUUUGAGCAGCAUCGUUGGAAUAUGGCCUCUCAUAAAGAUAUGGCCUCUCAAAGGAACUGUUUUUGAAUACAACCUUCCUGUUAAGGAAUCAGAGAAACAGUAUAGUAUAGUGAAAGAAGUCUCAGAGUCAGAAGAUUUAUGGUUCAAACCCUGGUUCAGCCACUUACAAGUGGCCAAGUAACCUCACCCUCUGAGCUUUCGUUUCCCCUCACUGUGAAAUGGGGAUAAUAUCUUAUAGCAAGGAAACAGAUCUGUAAACUACUAAGUACUUUAGUGGUGUUAUGAGUAUAAAUUGUGGAGUCUUUCCUAAAUUAGGCUUCUUACUUUAGUAGUCACACUUCUUUUUCAACUUCUUUGGUCUUUUCUUUUCCUUUUUCAUGAAUGAAUCCCUUCAACCCCUUAUCACUGUUAUGACUUCUCUUUUCCCCCUUUCCUUGGUUCUAUGAGACUAGACCAUCUUGGAAGGCUGUGCUUUGAAAGGUCUUGUCUUGACAAGCAGUCAACAGUGAAGCAAAGGAAUAUAGCCAUUUUUGGAUUCAUCACAUAGGGAUUGGCUUCAGCUCCAAAUGAUACAGAUUUUUUGUUUAGAUGCAAUUGAAUAGUUCCCUCUUUAUAUGAUGGUGUGUGUUCCUCAAACAUUUCACAUAAAGUUAAAUUUCUUUAACUAUGCUAGUGGAGUUUGCCAUUUUAAGGAAGGCCGUGUGUGUGUAUUUUUUUUCCUUAAUGUGAAUGAUCUCCCCCAAUCCCUGCCAUUUAAUUUUUUAAAAAAUCUAAAUCUCUAUAUAGUAGAUUUGUUUAAAGGUAUAUCUGCAUUGUGUACUCAUCAUCACUACUCUACUUAAUUAAAUUCUUUUUUUAU